AUGGCCGAAGACAACUUCUCUUCGUCGCCCAUCGCACCCUCCAAACCCAACAUGUCAUCCAAACUAUCAUCCUCUAGUAGGACCGGCCAGCUCGAUAUCCUUCGUGCUCGUCAAGCUGCUCUUGAAUCGACUGUCGCCGGUCUUAUCUCCCAACGUACUUCUCUCGUCGAUUCCUUCUCUCCCGAUAUUCAACAGUCAGAAGAUACGGAACUUCGUGCAAAACUUGCAGUGGAUGCUGCCAACACAAGGAUCAAGACUCAAAUCAAACAGCUCCAGCAGUACAACGACAUCAAGGACAUCGGCACCCAGCUCAUGGGCCUGAUCGCCGAGAAGCGUGGUUGCCGCAUCGGUGAAGUUCAAGAGGAGUUUGGCAUUAACCCUGACGAUUGA